AUAAUUAAAAAGCUGAUAGAACGAAAACAGGCCCAGAUUCGAAAAGUGUACCCUGGACUUUCAUGCUUUAAAGACGGAGUUCGACAGAUUCCUAUAGAAAGCAUUCCUGGAAUUAGAGAGACAGGCUGGAAACCGAGUGGAAAAGAGAAAAGUAAAGAACCCAAAGACCCUGACCAGCUUUACAGCACACUCAAGAGCAUCCUUCAGCAAGUGAAAAGCCAUCAAAGUGCUUGGCCCUUCAUGGAACCUGUGAAGAGAACAGAAGCUCCCGGAUAUUAUGAAGUUAUAAGGUUCCCCAUGGAUCUGAAAACCAUGAGUGAACGCCUCAAGAAUAGGUACUACGUGUCUAAGAAAUUAUUUAUGGCAGAUUUACAGCGAGUCUUUACCAAUUGCAAAGAGUACAACGCCCCUGAGAGUGAAUACUACAAAUGUGCCAAUAUUCUGGAGAAAUUCUUCUUCAGCAAAAUUAAGGAAGCUGGAUUAAUUGACAAGACUUUAAGGAAGGGAUUCAUGAUAAAAAGCACAUAAAAGGUGAGAUAUGUGAUGUUUGAAGUCUUGUUGUGGACUUUAUAUAUAUAUAUUUUUAAAAACACUCAUCUAGAUGAGGUGCUUUGAGCAGUUCUGAAAAAUGCAGUUCCACCCAGCGACUGCUUUGAUUCCUAAGGAAGAGAUUCUAAAUAAUGCAAACUUUUUAUAUAAUCAUCUGGGGUUUUGAUAAUUCUAUCUACAACAAACUUGUGAUUGUAUGACCACUAUUUUAAUAAUUCUUGACACAAAGGUGUGAUGGCAUAUUUGAUUUUGCUUAUGCAGGCCAUAAGUUCCAAAAAGAUAACUUCCUAGGCCAUAAAGGCAUCAACUUGAAAACACUUGCGAUUGAGUCAACAUGCUUUAAUAAGAAAAGACCUGUAGUUUUUUAAACGUGUUAUCAAUGUGGUAAAUCCUUGUUCUAAUGAAUGAGGAGUUUUUCCCUUUUCUAUAUCUACAACCCCAUUAGUAAUGUGUGUGUGAACAUUUUUCCUUUUGCAUCUCCUGAUGUUUAUUGUCUGAGGCGAAUUAAAUUCCCACCAAGGUUUGCCGUCAGUAUUUUAACACCAAUAUUGCUAUAUAGGUCCGGGGUUGAUCGCACUAAAACCUGUCACACAGUCUUAUUAACUGAACUAUCUUGGGAUUCCAAGUACUUGGGUUUAUAUCCUGAUUACACUACAUAGAAAAGUGGGACAUCUGCCACCCCACCUGUGGGAAAACCAACUGAUACACAUACAACCAUACAAACGAAGACCAUCUUGAUGGUCUUGACACUAAUUUAUAUGAUGCAAAUUUAUAAACUGAUUUUUGUAAAGGAUGAGGUUUUAAAAAAUGUAUUUAACUUAUGUUUUCUAUCAGGAUAAAUUAAAAUGGAUCACUAAUAGUCAUUAAAAUAGUUGCCAGAGAUAAUCCACAUGAAGGAAAAACAAAACAAAACCAACAACCUGCAAAAUGGCUAUUAAGUUGGAAGCGUUGUUUUGAUAUGUAAGAGAUUUUCAGAAUGCUCACUCACUGAAAAAUGUCUCAGCUUUUUAAAGAGUAAGAAACCACCUUCAGGGGUAUGUAGGCUUUUAAUGAAGAUGAUGAUGGAGUUUGGAUUAAGUAUCUUGGACUGGUUUUAAACAGAGCUUUGUACCGGAUUUGCCAAAGCCUCUGUCCAGCUUGGUAUCCUGUGAAAGUUUGUUAUUUUCUGGGUAGACAUUCUUAUAGAGUAUUGUCUUUAAAAUCAGAUUGUCUCUUCUAUAUUGAAAGCAUUUUUAUGUUUUCUAAUUUAAAAAUUAAUAUUUUCUUAUAGAUAUUGUGCAAUAAAGCUAAAGUAGAAUGUGUGGUUUUUGUAAAUGCUUUAACAGCUCAUAAAAUUUUACAUUUGUAAAAUUAAUAUAUUGUACUGGUACAAAAUAGUUUUAAAUUAUAUUUUGAGAAGCUCCCAAUCUGGUGUUGUGUUUUCUUCUUCUAGUGACCUGAGGUUAACAGUUCAUAUGUAUGAUCUGGUAUGGCCACCAACUGCAUUCUUAAUCCUUAGCUCUUAAGCUGUUGGUGAAGUUAUUUAGAACUGUUGGGCCUUGUACUUGCUAGGAAGACACUCUGCCUUUUGAGCCAUGCUCCCAGCCCUUUUUGCUUUAAAUAUUUUUCAGGUAGGGUCUUGUAUUUUUUGUCCAGGCCAACCUGGACCACAAUUCUACUCAUACCUCCCAUGUAGCUGGAAUGGCAGAUACAGUCUCCCAUGCCCAGAUUUAUUGUUGAGAUGGGGUCUUGCUAACUUCCUGCCUGGGCUGGUCAUGAACCUCAAACAACCCAAUCAGUCUCUGCCUCCUAAGUAGCUGACUGUGAUUUCUUUCUGAGAACAUUAUGGGAAAAGGAAGCUAGCAAUGAGUGACAAAGCUAUACAUUAUUGAAAACAGUAUGAUUUCAACAAAGCAAAGAAAACAAAAGUCAGGCUUCCUGCUAUUUGCUACCCCAGCAGGAUCAGGAGGUAAAAAAAGAUGAGAAACAUGUAAUUUAUGCAUGUAUUUGUAUCUGUGGACAUAAUGUGUGUUGGGUGGCUGUGAAAUUUAAUGAAGCUUUCCCAGUUUCAGUUUAUCUGGGUUUGAAGUUUUUAAAAACAAAUCUUGGAGAACUUAUUAGAGGCUAAGGAUCUUCCCAAAUUUUGUACAUGUUCACAUCUGCACUUUCUGUAUGUCCCUUCCCUUUGUCCUGGAUCUUCCUAAGGAAGCAGUAGAAGAAUUUUUCUUCUCUGUCAACCUCCAGUCUUCUGCAUCUGACAGGUGGCCAUUGAGUUUUAGCUAAAAAACAUCUAAGAGCAGGGAAUUUGCCUUUAUAUGCAACAGAGCAGCAUUGAAUAGGCAAAGGGUUGUAAUAAGGCCCUUAAGUUGGGUUAAAGCCAGCAGCUGUUUUUUGAGUAGAACAUAUCCUCAUUGAUACAAGUUUGUAACCAAGCCGCAAUUCAAAUCUUUUCCCAGAGUGCUGGUAAGUAUGCCAACUGUCUCUACUCUCAACACAGUCAAGCACACUUCCACAUUUGCAAUCUGUGUACAACUCAACAUCCCAUCUACAUUUUAGAACACUUUUAGAAAUUGAAGCUAAUUAACGUAUACACAGAUCUUAGACGUUGAGUUGGAUGAUUCUGACAGUUGUAUUCACCUGCAUAUCAAUUACUCUAAAGACUGUUCUUAUCACCGAAGGAAAGUUCCGUCUUCAGUCAGAACCGCUGCACUGCUCUGGGCAGCCACUUCUGCAUUUUUAUCUGCUCUUUGAUUUCAUGUAAGUGGAGUCAUGCAAUUUGUAGUUCAGUUCAUCUGUGUCAGUAGUGCAUUCCUUUUUACUGCUGAGUGGUACUCUAUUGUUGGAAUAUACAGUUUGUCCACUCAACUUUAAUAGACAUUUUGGUAGUUUCCAUAAGGCUGCUGUAAUCACUUUGUACAGGUCUUUAUCAAAACACUUAUUUUUUUGUAAACACCUAAGAAAAUUGUUAGGUUGCAAAAUAGGUAAGGACUUAAUUUUAUAGGUAAUUACUUAUGCACUUUUUUUUUGGACAUUAAACUAUGAAGUUUGUUGUUGUUGUGUAUAUGUGAGUGUGUGUUUGAGACAGGGUUUCACUUUUGUAGCCUGGUUGGCCUCCAACAGGUGAUCCUCCUGCCUUAACCUUCCUAGUGCUGGGAUUAUAGACAUGCAUCACUGAGCCUGGCUUCCUGAAGCUUUUUUGGUUCCAGUUCCAGUAUUCACUGUUACCUGCUCCUUAUAGAUUUUACAUUUAUGUAUUAUGAUUAUUUAUAAAUCACAUAAAUUUUUCCUAUAUCCAUUACUAUUAUUGUUGUUUACUUUUCUGUGGUGCUGGGGAUCAAAUGCAGGUCUUCACAUAGGCUCACACUCUACACCUCCAGCUGAUACUCAUGUUAUUAAUAAUAAUUAUUGAACAGGAUGAAUGAAAGGCUGACAUUUUCCUUUAUGAUGCUAGACACCAACUUCUGAUUCCAAGAUCAGAAUACCUUGUGUGUGACCAUACGACUGUAUGUGAACCCACUAACAAAUGCCCAUUGAAUCCACAUUUGUUCAUCUUUUCUAUAAAAAUGAAGUUGGAAUAAAUUUUAGAUUCAUCUUUGUUUUGUCUUUUACUUUAUUUAAAGAAGGCACUUCUUGCACAAUUGCUAACUUCUCAACCGCUUUUAUGCUGCAAUAAACUAGGAAAGUUAAAUGCUAGCUUUUAAGGCUAAAGUCUGUUACAGAAGAAGUUAUGUAAGAAUGCAGAGGUAGGAUGUUCUUGUGAGGUUGGGGAUGAGGUUGGACAGGGUCGUGAAACACCUUGCUAAAAAACGUGUCUGAACUUUCUGGUAACAGGCUAGCUCCUGCGGCAUUAAUUUGAAAAUAGUGAAAAAGUGGCAGAAAACUGUCUCUCAAAAGAAGCAUUAACUAAGCAUGAUUUAUUUAUGUCCUACUGUACAACAAUGAAAAUACAUCUGCUAACAUAGAUAAAUCCCCAAAACAGUGUUCAAAGUCAGUUGCAAGAUAAGCACAAUAAAGCUCAUGUAAAAUGUCAGAACACAAAACAAUACUUAACAGUCUAUGGACAAACUACAGAAAGAAUACAGAAACAUGAAAAAUACAAAACCACCAAUUUUUAGGAUAAUGGUUGACUUGGGGCAUGAACAGUGGGUGAGGAUCAAAGCUACAUCAGUAAGUGUCAGAAGAGAAUGAUCUGUACUGUAAAAGUAAAGGCAGUCAAUGGUCUAGAACAGGACAUGGCAAACUUCUUUGAGACAAGGUCUUGCGGUAUAGUUUAGGCUCGACUUACACUUCUGUCUCUACCACCUAAGUGCGGGAUUACAGGUUUGUGCAACCAACCUGGGAAACUUGAUAAAAGGCCAGAAAGUAAAUAUUUUUGGCUUUGCAGGUCAAAUGGAAAACUGAGAUAUUAUGUAGAUACUUCAUUGGGGUUUAAACUUAGUAUAUCCUGUCACCAAAAUUGAUUCUAAAUAUUUAAACAUUCUUAGCUUGCAAACUAUCCCAAAACAGGCCAGUAUGCAGGGCUUGGUCCAUACAUAGUCCAUAGCCUGUCUGGCUAAACUUUCCAUUAUUACAGAAAUGGUCUAUAUGUACACAGUCUGCAAAUAUGGUAACCACAGGCACAUGGCUAUUGUGACUGACAAGAUGAAUUUUGAAUGGUACUUUUUCCUAGUUAAAAUAGCCUCUUGAAUUUUCAUGAAAUAAAAGAAUGGGUAUAAAAGGAGUGGUUGAAAAAUUAGAAAAAUAAGACUGAUGAAAGAAUAGGCUGUGCAGGUCAGUGACUGUACAGACAUUUUGGGUGAUGAGAAGCAUUCUGAGUGUGACCAAUACAGAAUGCAUAAGGACAGAGAUGA